AUGGUGGUCAUCUCAGAGUUCCAAAAAAUUGGGAUUGGUCUGAUCGGGUUUGGUUUAUUUUUCCUGCUCUUUGGUGUGCUGCUGUACUUCGACUCUGUCUUGCUGGCAUUUGGGAAUAUCCUGUUUCUGACUGGCUUGACAUUCAUCAUUGGCUUUAGAAGGAUGGCCCACUUCUUCUGCCAAAGACACAAGUUUCGAGGUUCUUUUUUCUUCCUAGGAGGUGUGUCUCUGGUGCUGUGCCGUUGGCCAAUCAUUGGAAUGCUGGUGGAGAGUUAUGGCUUUGUGCUAUUAUUCAGGUCCUUCUUCCCGAUGGCCUUAGGAUUUGUGUUGUCAGCUGUAAAUAUCCCUUACCUCAGUGCAUUUUUUUCCAGCAGCUCCUCCAUGGUGUGAGCAGAAUAACAUGAUACAGCAAUGAAGGAGUGUGUGUGGGGUCACAAUUAUUUUGUUGAUAACCAGUAAGAAUAUAUUUUUUUUCAAUGUACUGUAUUUUGCACCCUUUAGGGUUGCAAUUAAUAAGCUGCCUGAAAGCUACUGUAACU